CCUCCGCCCGGCCGCUGCGGCAGUGUCUCGGAGGCGGGCAGGCGGCCGGUCCCUCCGGUCCCCCCGGCAGCAUCCCGGCCCCGCCAUGGCUGGCGUCGGCUUCGCGGCGCACCGCCUGGAGCUGCUCGCCUCCUACCAGGACGUGAUCGGCGAGGACAGCCCCACCGACUGGGCCCUCUACACAUACGAGGAUGGCUCCGAUGACCUGAAGCUGGCAGCAUCAGGAGGCGGAGGUUUGCUGGAGCUCUCUGGCCACUUUGAGAUCCAGAAGGUGAUGUACGGCUUCUGCAGCGUCAAGGACCCCCAGGCCGUGCUCCCCAAAUACGUCCUCGUCAACUGGGUAGGUGAGGACGUGCCAGACGCCCGCAAAUGCGCCUGCGCCAGCCACGUGGCCAAGAUUGCCGAGUUCUUCCAGGGCGUGGACGUCAUCGUCAACGCCAGCAGCGUGGAGGACAUCGACCCAGGGGCCAUCGGGCAGCGGCUCUCCAAUGGUCUGGCCCGUGUCUCCAGCCCGGUGCUGCACCGCCUGCGGCUGCGGGAGGACGAGAACACCGAGCCCGUGGGCACCACAUACCAGAAAACUGAUGCCACCGUGGAGAUGAAACGGCUCAACCGGGAGCAGUUCUGGGAACAGGCCAAGAAAGAGGAGGAAUUACGCAAGGAGGAAGAGCGGAAAAAGGCUCUGGAUGCCCGGCUGCGGUUCGAGCAGGAGAGGAUGGAGCAGGAGCGGCUGGAGCAGGAGGAGCGGGAGCGGCGCUACCGGGAGCGCGAGGAGCAGAUUGAGGAGCACAGGCGGAAGCAGCAGAGCAUGGAGGCAGAGGAGGCCCGGCAGCGCCUGAAGGAGCAGUCCAUCUUCGGGGAGCAGCAAGAGGAGGACGACAGGCAGCAGCUCAGGAAAUCAGAGUCCGAGGUGGAGGAGGCUGCUGCCAUCAUCGCUCAGCGGCCCGACAACCCCCGGGACUUCUUCAAGCAGCAGGAGCGGGUGGCAUCGGGCAGCAGUGAUGCCAUCUCACCGGGCAGCCACAGGACAGGCAGCCAGUCGGACGCGUACCGCAAGGCCUCGGCAGCCGGCUGCAGCCCCUGCGAGCGCAGCCCUGCCGCCACGCCGCUGGGCACGCCGGGCACCCGCGUGCCGGGUGACGACACAGCAGCAGCGCCCAAAGACACCCCCAGCCCCAGCACCCAGGAGGCCGAGCCAGACACCCCCGAGCAGCACUGGCCCUUCCCGGGGCCCGAGGACAAGGCCACUGAGCCCCCCGGGGACGAGCCCAGCCCCAGGCCGGUGUGGACAGCGGGGGGUGACAUCCUGGGGGACCUGGUGACCCUGGAGCCCGCUGAGCCCUCCCCGCCACCCACGGCCACUGAGCCCCAGCCCGAGGGGACCCCCAACCCCGAGAGCCUCAUCGACCUGUGGCAGAGCGAUGGGGCUGCCCCCCCGGCUGCCUGGCCCCUGCCUGCUGCCCCUGUCCCUGAGGGACCCCCGGCCGCGCUGCCCGACGAGGGGCCCCUGCUCAGCCUGGAUGAGCUGCCAGAGCCUCCUGCCACCUUCUGCGAUGCGGAGCAGGAGGAGGAGGAAGAGGAGGAGGCAGCCGGCGGGGGGGGCCCCCAGCCCGGGGGGCUCGGCUGCCAGAGUGCCCCCCAGGAGGAUGCCCCGGGCCGAGAGACCCCCCCCAUCACCAAUGGGGAGAUGGCCCCCAAGGAUGGGACGCCGGUUCGUGGGGAGCAGGCCAGUGAGGGCUACUUUAGCCAGUCCCAAGAGGAGGAGGUGCCCCCCCCCGAGGAGCCAUCGGCCAAAGCCCCCCAGCCUGUCUUCUACAACAAGCCCCCAGAGAUUGACAUCACAUGCUGGGAUGCGGACCCCCUGCCCGAGGAGGAGGAGAGCUUCGGGGGGGGUCUGUAAGCCCAGACCCCGCUGCCGGCACCCGCAGCUUGCCCCGGCCGGCGCGGGGCAUGGGGGGGGGCCACAGCUGGGGGCCUGGACCCCCCCGUUACCCCACUGGGGCCCCACAGGCUGAGGCCUCCGGGUGGAGGCCCCCCCGCUGCACCCCCACCCCGGGGCACCUUUUGCAGCCCUCCCUCCCCUCUCUUUUUUAAGUUGUCGGUAGGAGCCGUGUCAGCCCCCAGCCCCACAUUAGCAGCUCCCCCCCCCGCUGCCCCAGCACCCCUUUGGAGGGGGGGGACACGACACACGCUCGCAUCCCCUGCCCAGCUAUGGGGCAGGGUCCUCGUUCUCUUCGUGCCCCCCCCCCCGGGAGUCCCCAGUACUUUGCACGACUUAAAAGCAAAAAGGAAUAAUUCUAAUAAUGGAUGAAUAUGGCAAUAAAGUGACCUGACCGAGGCGAGGCUGCGGCCAGCAGUGCCCCCCCCGACCCAAACCCCAGCAGGGAGCUGGUGUGGAGAUUUCACACCCCCCCUUCAUUCCUUGCUGUUAGCCCCUCCCCCCCCCCCCCCAUUCCCUGUCCCUUUCCCCAUUCCCGGUGACUGUUUUUGGAAAGCACAAGUUCUGUACCGGCAGUGUGCUCAUGUCUGUUAAUAAAUAAAGCGACU